GUAAAUCAUCGUUAGAAAUAGCACAAUUACAAUCUAGAGCUUCACAAUUUACUAAAAGCAAAUUUUCUCAAAUGUUGACAUGUAAAACAAGAUCAACAAUCAAAGAUUCUACUUCGACAAGCGUAACUGGCAGUACUAUAAAAAGAACACAUGGUAAAUCAACUGAGCUAGCAUCCGUUGAUACUACUUCAAAAAAUACAACUGAAGAUGCUUCUUCAAAAAAUGCAACCGAAGUUACUACUUUGGAAAAUACAACUAAAGCUACUACUUCAAAAAAUACAACUGAAGCUACUAUUUCGACAAAUACAACUGAAGAAGCUACUUUGAAAAAUACAACUGAUACUAGAGUAGUUCACAAUUUAGAUAAUUUAACUCUUAACGAUGAGAAUAGUAGAGGAUUUAACAUAGAAGACUACUGUGAUAAAAGUGGUGAAGACACUCACUAUGACAUUAGCCAAGAAACUCAUAGUAAUCUUAGCGACUAUAAUAAUAUCAGAGACUUUUACGAAGACUAUUAUUCGCAGACUAGAGAUAAAGACAAGUAUUCUUAUGAUAAG